UUGAUCUCGGAUAUCUUUCCAGGAAUUCCCGAAAAAGUAGAUGCUGCUGUGGAAAUUCAUGGACAAAUAUGGAUUUUUGCUGUCGGACAAUUCGAUGAAAAUGAGACGCUUUCAGGGAAGCAUUAUUGGGUCUUCUCUGAGCGGCGUCUCCUCCACGGACCCAGACCGCUAAGCCAUUUGGGAAUCCCAGGAAACGUGCCAAGGAUACGAUUAGCCUAUCGUUGGCACUACUUUGAUCCACCAGCCACUUAUUUAUGGGCUGAGGAUGAAUACUGGAAGCUGGACAUAAGAACCAAGAAAGUAGAAGACUCAUACGCCAGACGCAUAAGUCUGAACUGGAAGAAUGUUCCUGAUGGGGCAACAGCCGCCUUUAGUCAAUUGUACUUCAUCCGCGAUGAUCUCGUUUAUCGGAUGAAUACUACCGAUUACCGAUUGCCAAUUUCUAGAGGAUAUCCUAUAACGAUCUCGGAAUUUUGGGAUUUUUGCAAAAAGGAAAAUCGUUCGCGAGAGCAAGCUUCGCUGCAAACAAGUUCAGCAGAAUUUGCUUCGCAGUUAUCUAUAUCUGCCUUAAUUUUUGUUACUCUCUUUCAUAGUUGUUUUUUCUGAUU